AUGGCCAGCGCUGGGCGUCUGCUGCUGCCACUGCUCUGCCUGCUCCCCGUGGCCCCGGUGCUGACAAUCAAGAAGUACCAGCAGCUGUCCCAUAAGAGCAUUGGCGAGCCCUGUGAGAUGCACAGUGAGUGCCAGAGCGACUGCUGUGUCACCAACAGCCUGAGCCCUCAGAAGUUCUGCACCGCCCAGACCGUAUUCCAACAGUGCCUGUCCUGGAAGAAGCCAAAUGGGUACAUCUGCAAGGACCACUUGGAAUGCCAGAGCAGAUGCUGUGCCAUCAGCAACUACGGGGUGGACAUGUACUGCAAAGCCAAGACCAUCUUCCUGCAGUGCUUGCCCUGGCGAAAGCCCAACUGGGACUACUGCAACUACCACAGAGAGUGCCGCAGCAAGUGCUGCAUCCGGCUGAACGAGCUCAGCCCCAGCCGCUGCGUCCCCCAGAGCGGCAUCCUGCUCCAAUGCCUGCCCUGGGUAAAAGGUUGGAAGGAGCCCCUGACCUUGUGGAUGGUGCAGUGA